AUGAAUAAAGAAUUAUUCACACCAAAUAAAAGAAAGAAAAUUUCAUAUACAGAAGAACCAAUAGAUAGAGGAAUAAAUUUUGAUAAUGUAAGUAAUUUAGAUGAACAAUUAUUUGAAAUUGAAUGUCAAAGAGAAGAGAAUAGACAAGAAAAAGAGAAAAUAAAAUUUGAAGAACAAAGAAUUCAAUUAAAAGAAAAAGAAUUAAAUGAAAAAGAAUUUAGAUUGGAUGAAAAGGAAUUUGAAAUUGAGGAUGAAAAAGAAAAACUUAGACAAUUGGCAGUGGAAUUAAAUCAAACAGUUUCAGAGAUUGAAAUUAAAACUAAACAAUUGGAAGAUAAAGAAAAGGAAUUAGAAAUAUCACAAAAGAAAUAUUUAGAAAAGAAAAAACAAUUACUUGAAUUUGAACAACAAUUAAAACAAAGAGAACAUGAUUUAAAAUUUUCAGAAUUAACUUCAUUACAAUCUUCUUUACAACAACCAAUUCAACCAAUUCAAACAAUCCAACCACAACAAAUAAUUCAACAAUCACCACGUGCACUUAAACAGAGAAAAUCAAUUGCUCCAAGAAUGUCAGUUUUAUCGUCAUCGUCAUCAAUAUCAUCAUCAUCAUCAUCAACUGUUUCGAAAAUACCAAGAAAAUCAUUAAUACCACCAACUUCAACAAAAGAAAAUAUACCAAAUUCAUCCUUUUCAUCAACACAAUCAAGUUUAAAAUCAAAAAUUCCACAAAGACGUCCAACAAUUUUAGUUUCAUCCAUCAAUAGUAAUAGUAGCGGUGGUAUUAGUCAAAACUAA